GGGAGGAGGGACCAUGUCGGUGGGAUGGUCCGGAAAUCCUGUGAUAAAAAGAGGGGCGAGGGGGGAAAAGUACGGAGAGGUUCUGGGAUCAUUCUCUCUCACCGCAGCCAGCAACUUCCUCGGCACAUGGGCGCCGGCCAGAGCCUCUAGGAGCGGUACUGAAAGGAGAGAAGCCGCCGUCGCAGCCACCUGCCUCCGGCCCGGCACAGCACAGAUCAGCACAGCGCCCGCUGACCGGCGAGGGGCUACCAAAGACAUGGGGAAGAUUUUGGGUGGGGAUGAGGAGAAAGACCCAGAUGCUGUCAAGAAAGAAGAGGAACGACAGGAGGCCCUCAGGCAAGAAGAGGAAGAGAGGAAAGCCAAAUAUGCCAAGAUGGAGGCUGAAAGAGAAGUUAUGAGACAGGGGAUUAGAGACAAGUAUGGGAUAAAGAAGAAGGAAGAAAAGGAAUCAGAGGCCCAGGCCACACUGGAAGCUAAUGCUGAAGGGAGUCUGACCCGCCCAAAGAAGGCAAUCCCUCCUGGCUGUGGGGAUGAGGAGGAGGAAGAAGAAGAGAGCAUUCUAGACACAGUCAUCAAAUACCUACCAGGGCCCCUGCAGGACAUGUUCAAGAAGUAGUAGCUGCAGACUGUUAGAUGGGCAUAAACAGAACUGCAAAGGAUUUCUCUUUUGCCCAAUGGGGAUUUACAGUCUUGCCAUCCAUCAUGCAGACCUCCCCACCUCUGCUCUCUACUGCUCACUAGGAGUCCCUUCACUUCCUAUUCCCUUCCCUCCAUCCCAAGACUCAUCUAUUCCUUUCUUGUACAUAGUCACAUCCAGUAGAUGCCUCUGAAAGGAUGUAAAGAUUAAAAAGCUGCAAACUACACAACUUUUAUUAUAAGCCAUAGUACUAUGUAUGUUAAAUAAGACAACUGUACAUUAAGCAUAGAAAACGAACAACCUCACAUGCAUUUUCAUCCAAAGCAGGAAGGAGUGUUCAGUAAGUGACCUCCUCUUUAAUUUUCUUUGAUUAUAUUAUUAUCAGUAGUAAUUAUUAGUCAUUAUUAAUAAUGUUGUUGUUGGUUGGCUCACAGUAGACAUUUGUUGAGCACAUCUGCCUUCAGAAGGUAUAUCUUAGUCCUCCAAUGUAAGCAGAGCUUUUCUGUUUUAAUUCUAUCACAGACAUAAAUAAAGAGAUAAUUUGGAAGGUAAAUCACACAUGACUUACACAGCUGAAAUCACUCAGAAUUGUGGAAGAGUCACUCGCCCUCAGAUGGUGGAAGUUAAAUACCUCAGAGUCUAAGCAAGAGUCAUGUUACUUUGGGAAUUAGCCAUACACUUAACUUCAGAUUUCAGAUCAGAUUUGGUCAGACAGAGAGCUGAAACCACAGGAGAGUACAUGUUGCUCUGGUGGAGGACCUUCCCAACCCAUUUGAAGCCAGUGACCAAGUACCUAGGCUGCUCCGAUUAACUGACCUUCCUGUUUCUGCCUUGUGCCAUAUUCAAUUGUCCCAUUCCUAGCAGUGCUUGCAGGAUGGACAUUUGGUUUCUAGUAUAUUGCUGCAGCUGUGUCCUCUCCACCCCUUCCUGCAGUGUGUGGGAGAGUGUGGUGGUCUGAAUGUUAGCCAUGGUCCUGGAGAUCCAGAAAUACUGAGUAUGCCUGCUAUGUAUCAUGCAAAAUUACUGUGUUGCCUUGGGGAGGUCACUUAUUUUCUCGAGUGCUGUGAAGGAGCUAAUUAAUAUUAUAUUAAAUAAUAUUAAUUAAUAAUUAAUUAAUAUUACAGUCUAUGGCAUGCCUUGAUGCUAGUAGGGUGGGAGGAAAUCUCUCUCUCACAAUUAUCGUUGUUGCGUUUCCCAGACACAGUAUCUACAGCUGAGAAGCCCUCUGAGGGUUUUUCAGCUGUAGAUACUGAGUAACUGCAUAAGCCAAAUUCUGCUGGAGAUGUUGUCUUGCUAGUACAUACACAGACUCACAUAGAUUUACUAUGAACAGAGCCCUUCAUGGUCAGGUAUCUAGCAUGUCAUCUGAAUUGCUGAUCCUGGAAUUGUCUGGGUCUUUGUUGUUGUGAAAGCAUCAUGCCAUCUCAGUCUUACAACCCUGUGAAAGAAUCAGGGCUUGUCUGGCAGAACUAGCAUUGCUUGUCCCUGUCAUAGGAACAGUAAAAGUUUCCUAAGUAAGAUUUGGAAGCAAAUAUACACUUUCUACUGAUAACAAAAAGGAAAGCAAAUUUAGACAUUUCAUUAUGUACCUAAAUUAAGCAUUUUACUUCAAUGGAACUUCCCUGAUGCAACUGUUCAGUGCAACUGAAUUUAGGCAAACCUCUCAGUAUUUUCCUGAAUAAGAAGUUUUAAAAGAUAUUAAUAACUUUUUGAGGUAAGCAGAAGAAAUCUGCACCAUGGUUAAGGCAGUGAGCUUGUGAACUCUGUGCCUUUUAGCAACAUCUCUCAUAAUAGGGAAAAAAAUAUUAUGAAAGAGAAGAAUUGUAUUUGUUUUGCUCUGCUCACCUAAUUCUUACUGAGGUGUGAUAGUUCUUGCUUCUUUGCAAAUAACUUCAACCAUAAGUUUCUACUGAAUUCAAGGAGGAGGCUGAGGAAUUUUGACUCAUGCACAAGUCAGAACCAGCUGAAAAAGAUGCAACUUAUUUCCGGCUGCAUCCAGAAACAAGGCAUGUUCAUUCAAGGACAAGUUGCUAAUGACUUCCCAGAGGAAAGAGAGGGCAGGUUUUACUCCUUCAGGUAAUGCCAAUAUUCUUUUGCCUUAGCUGUCAUUUAAAGCAAGAUGAGUGUCUCUCCUCCUAAGACUUUAAUGACCCAGAAUGCUCUUUAUCUCUGAAUCAAUUCUUGAGUAUAGCAUAGCAGUGUUGAGCAAUUAACCAUUUUCUCAGGAGAGUGUCCUACUCACCCCAUGCAACUAGUAAUUUGAGCCUAUUCAAGUAAACCUAAAAGAGUUAAAACUAUCCUUGUGUCACAAAGGCAGCAGCUGAUUUUGAUGCUCUGCCACAGCAGGAACUAAAUCCAACAGCCCUUCAAUAUAAAAGGCAGACUUUGACUCUGCUUUAGUCACUCAUUGGUAGUGAAAUCUACUAGCACAGAUCACACUGACAUCAACACUUUUGAGAUGCUCUGAUUAGUCUCUGUGGCAUGUGUCCUCUAAUACAUAAGUAGAACCAGCAGAAAUGUGCCCCUGCUAAAAAGAACACAUCCAUUAAUAUUUUUCCCUGGCCUUGUGCUAGAGAACUCUGCAAACAAACAAACAAAUAAAGAGGAUGAGCUCAUUCUGCUUUGCUUUGGCCUUUCUGUACCACUUGCUUGUUGACCUUUCCCUAGCCCCCAUCAUGGACUCACUUCCUCAUCCAGUGAAAUACUGUUCUGACAUAGAGUUUUCUGCCUGGUGUCCUUGCAGAAUGGUACUGUCUAUUUUCACAGUCUCCCUGACAGCUUGAUGUGCAUGUGUAUGCACAUACAUGUGAAAGAUGAGGAAAAGGGGAAAGAAAGGAAGAGGAGAGAGAAAGGAAGAGUGUUUGGUAUUAUUUUUUAUAACUGUGCCUCCGCAUUUGUUCCAUUGAAUGACUGGUCUAAGUCAGAAUCUUGUGUGGCCUCACAUUUCAUGAGCCGAUAGUACUAUCGGUGGGCUCAGAGCAUUAAAAAUACUCCUUUUGUCAGCUGAGCUCCUGAGUUGUGUGAACAUCUGGAUCCAAACCCUGAAGAGGUCCAUAAGAACUCUGUGCUGAGUUUGUUAGGCCUCAUGCCAGGCUUACAGAGCAGGAGGGAAGGGGAAGGCAUUUAAAUUAUGUUUUCCAUGUCUUUCACUGUGGGAGGUUUUCAGCCAGCCAUGUCAUCACUUCUGUGCCUCAGCUCUCUAGACCUGAAGCAACCCUUCCUUCAUGGACAGCAGAGAGUUCAGCCAGAUGUGAGUUGGUAGUUCCCAUUUUAAUUUUCCUUUUCGUUUAAUGAAGAUUUACCAUGGUAUUGGACAGGUUUUGCUUGAGUUUAACCCAUAACUUUUGGAACCCUGCAUGAGUUCUGGACCUCUCCUCAAAUCAUUCCACUGUCCCCAAAGUGCCUAAGCCAUGCUGAACAGACUCAAGAGCAGGCACACUCCCAGCCCUUCUGCCUAUCCAUUUAUUUCCCUUCCCGCACUGAACUGGCAACAUGGGACACAGUCACCUUUGGCUCAUGUACAGAAAAGGAAAACAGUGUCUCAGACACUUUCCCCCUCAGCACUCAAGCAGGUGUUGAAGCACUUAAACAAGACCAAAGAGAAGCAUGUUUCAUUGUUUGGAUUCUGAAUAUCUCUGUCUUUCCAUGCCGUUGUUUUAUUUGCAUCAUGGUUUGUUCAAUCUCAGGUAAAUGAGAUAUUUUCUUUUUUUUAGCUAGUUUUUAUUUACGUAGAAAGGUUGGUGGGUAGACACUGCAGCCAUUUUCCUUCACAGCUCCAAGACCUUCCUGGUUAAUAAAAAAAAGUCAAAAGGCCUCCACAUUUGGAGGGUAAAUGAUUAUCUUUGACCUUGUGAUCUCACAGGUAUAUUUAGAGAAAGCCAUAUGAAAUCAGACUGCAAUAUUAAUUAGGAAUUCUACUCUUGUGUUUAAAAUAAAUAUAAGAUCAUGUGCUAAAUCACUUUGGAGUUCCUCUGUCUGUGUUUCUAGAACCAUACAUUGGCUUAGGUCCCUCCCAGCCUCUCUCCUGCAUCAAGAAAGACUAUACGAAUGCUGCUGAAUACAUCUUUUUGUCAAGCUACUGUGCUAGAAUAAGCAUUGUUAGAAAUUAGCUGUUGUGACCUCAACGUAAUGUCUUAUAUAUCUGAAUGUUGUAUGUAUCUGUUCUAUGUUAUCAGAUAACUGAUUCUUCAUGCAGAGUUACUAAAAUGUUUCAAUACUGUCAUUAAAAAAUAGCUUUUUCUCUCACAGAGAGCAAAUUCAGCUUAGCCAUGCAUUUUCUAGUAGAAAUGUACCCUAGCUUGCUUUCAGAUGCAUGUAGUACUCUCCAAGCAAAUAGAAGAUGAUUUAAAUACUUUGUGAAAUUCAUUUGUUAUUUGCCUGCUACUUUUUCCUGCAUGAUGUGGGUAAAUGGUACGAUGUUCUUUUAAAAUGGAAUCACAGCCAAUAAAAACCCAGUGAUUUCAUAUACUUUUUGCAAUGCUU